UCAUAUACCCCACCCUACGGUUUCUGUUUCAACACCACUCAUCACUUUUCGAUUCCAAACAGAUUUUUUUUUUGUUAAACGAUUCCAAACAGAUUUUGUUUUUUAUUUCUCUCGAGAAACUUGUUUUUUGAGUUCUUCAGUUUCGAUCUGGAACCAAAAUCACACGGAAUCGGACUGAGAUGUACAGCGAAUGCAGCAGCUCUUCUUCUUCGUGGAGAUCGGGGAGAGGUCACAGGCUGAGAUCACCGAUCUGCUGCUUCGGUUCGAAUGCGGUGGAGCCGGAGGCGGUUAUCGGCCCGAGGACGCCGAGAUCGCCGUACGCGUGGCUGAAAUCGACCGCACACGAGAUUGAAAUCAGGGAUGGGUGCCGGCGCGUGAAGGCACGCAUCAAGGGGACGCACCGGAGCAGCGGCAACGACAACCAUGGCCUUUCGGAUUUCAGCUACGAUCCUCUUAGCUACGCGCUCAAUUUCGAGGACGACGUUCGCGCUGACGAUGACAAGUCAUUCCCGAGUUUCACGGCGAGAUUGCCGAUGUCACCAGGGAGAAAGACCCUCCCGGCGGUUACUGGUCUGGUCUCCGUCUGAUCUAUGGCUUGUUUUCUUUUAUCUUGAUUUGGGGAACGGGAUGUACAGGCCUAGGUCGCUCUGCUGAAUCGAUAAUAAAAAUGACGUCAGCAUGAUGUAAAAAAAUAACCAGGGGUUGUAAAACUGUAAUAUAUGCUAAAUAUUCUAUAUUUCUGAUAUUUUAAAUAUAUUAAAUAGUUUGUGGGA